AUGUAUCAAUUCUUCCCCUCCUCCUUCUUCAACUUCGAGUUCACGCGAGUAGUCGGCACAGUCGCCUUCGGGGGCGCCGAGCUUGCAGAAUGCCUCGACGCAGCCACGCAAAUCGCCAGCGAUGACCCGGAGAGCUGGCACCGGGGCUGGCUUGUCCAGGCCGAGAAGGCGCACGCUAUAGCCCUGGAGGCUGUGGAGCACGACGAUUGUAUUGCUGCCCGCGACGCCUUCCUGCGCACAGCCAACUACUUUCGCGCCAGUCAAUACAUGUUCAAUGACAGGCCAGGGAGUCCGGAUCCGCGCGUGCAGGAGUUGUUCGCGCGGAGUGUCAAUGCAUUUCAUCAGGCGAUUCCGAUGUUGGGGCACCAGACGCACGUUCUGGAGAUUCCGUACCAGGAUGGUCAUCUGCCGGGGUAUUUGUUUUUACCGCGCCAGGGAGAUGAGACCGGUCGGAAGGUUCCUGUGGUUGUGUGUAUCAAUGGAGCAGAUUCGACGUCCGAGGAGCUGUAUCUGCUAUACGGGGCGAGCGGAUGCGAUCGCGGAUAUGCGGUUCUACUAUUCGAUGGACCGGGGCAGGGCGCCAGUUUGCGCAAAGGGAGGAGUGCCAUGCGCCCGGACUGGGAGGAGGUGACGACCCCCGUGCUGGAUUAUGCGGAGCAGCUGGCGGAGGAGCAUCCCGAGUGGUUGCUGGAUCUCUCGCGGAUUGCACUGGUCGGGGUGUCUAUGGGGGCGUACUAUGCGCUGCGAGGAGCCGUGGAUCUUCGCGUCUCGGCGUGCAUCGCCGUGGAUCCUUUCUACGAUAUGUUCGACCUGGCUACGUCCCGCAUGCCGCCUUGGUUUAUUCGGGCCUGGCUAGCGGGCUGGAUCACCGACGGGAUGUUCGAUGCGACGUGGCGCAUGUUGUCGCGGUGGAAUUUCCAGCUCAAGUGGGAGUUGACAUGUUAUGUGGAUCUUUGGGAAGUCGUCGCCGGCGGCGGCUAUGCGGGAGAUGCAGCGGUAUUCGUUGAAGAGUGA